AUGGCAGCCCAAUCGAAACAAGUCGUUCUGACCAGCAAGGCCCCGACUCCCAAGCCGUUUCUGUCACAGGCUAUUACUCUGAAUGGCUUGGUUUAUACGUCAGGAGCCGUCGGUAUGGACCCUGCGACAGAGAAUUUGGUUCCUGGGACAACGGGUGAUCGGACCGAGCAAUGCCUCAAGAACAUUUCGCAUAUCUUAGAGGCUGCCAGUAGCUCCAUUGAGAAAGUUGUGAGUCAGCAACCGCUUAAAGUCACAAUUUUCAUCGAUGACAUGUCCAAUUAUGCAUCUAUGAAUGAAGGCUACCUUAAGGUCUUUAAUCAAGGAGCCAUGCCAGUCCGGACUUGUGUAGCUGUUAAACAGCUGCCCCUUUGCACGGAUGUUGAAAUUGAAGUCAUGGCACACCAGUAG